AUGUUUUCGAUCACCAAGCAGGUUGCAGCAGCAGCAGUACAAAGACGCGCCUUCUCCUCGACACCCGCCUACUUUAGCCGGUGGACUGAUAUGGUCAAGGGCACCAAAGAGUCGUUGAACAUUCGAGAGAUUACUGCUGACGAGCUCGACAUUGAAAUGACCAGUGCCGAUUCCAAGAAGCCUGUCAUCAUUGACGUUCGUGAAAUCAACGAGUGUGAGCAGCUUGGAAAGAUUCCUAGUGCUGUGAAUAUCUCUCGAGGUGUAUUGGAGCUCGGUGUUGAAAAGGUGGUCACCCCUGAAUCCGGCAAUCCUGUUGUUCUUUACUGUGCUGGUGGUCUUCGUAGCAUUAUGGCGGCUGAAUCAUUGAUCCGAAUGGGUUAUGACAAGGAAAAUGUCAAGAGCUUGAAGGGAGGUUUUGCCGCAUGGAAGAAAUCAGGUUAUGGAGUAGAUACGGGCAAUUAA